AUGGAUGAUUUAGUUAAUAAUCAUUCCAAUCCAAAUAAUAAUACAACAACAACGACAACAAACAAUAGUAAUACAGCAACGGUACAACCUGUAUCAUCAACCAAUAAUAUGUCCACCAAUCAAAUGGAAGACAAAUCGAUAGUAGAGGAACCGCUCUCUGUUGACAAUACACCGGGUUCGCUCAAGAGAUCGCGAAAGACCGCCAAGAUUCGUGGCGAUGCCGACGAGGAGUUUGGCGAACUGGAGAAUUGGUCAGACGACGAGCCAGAGUCUGAGGAGGAGUUGUCAGACUAUGACGAAUCCAAUGCCACUGGCAACAAGGCUGACAAACAGAAUGACGAAGACGACGAUCUUAUGACCGACGCCAACGCACAGACUCCAGUAAAUCCAGAACCAAAGAAACGUGGAAGAAAACCAAAAUUAAAGAAUAUCAAAAAGAGAAUGUUGUUGGAAGCGCAGAAAGCUGCUGAAUUACAACAGCAACAACAAUCACAACAACCAACACAACAAUCAUCAUCAUCACAGUCACAACAAUCAAUUCCUUCUCCAUCAUUAACAACAACAACACCAACUGCCACAACAACUACAACAACAACAACUUCAUCAUCGUCUUCAAAUAAUAACAAUAACAACAACAACACACCAAACAAGACAGAUAUCGAAUCACCACAAAACAAGAGACACGCCAAGAAACCAAGAAAAUAUGGAGACGAAGAAGAAGAAUCACCAGAGAAAAUAGAGAAUCCAAAGAACAAGGUUGGUAGACCAAAAAGAGUUGUACAAGACGACAUCAUGGAAGAUGCAUUCGAAGCUGAAUUAGAACCAAUUUCAGAAAAGAAAAGUAAAAAAUCAAAGAAAUCACUACCAAAUACUUUAGAUAUAAGACCAUGUUGGUAUUCAACAUGCUCAAAAGCCGAUAGAUCAUUGAAGAUUCUUAGACCUUGUUUAAUUCCAACUUGCAAAACUCAUGCAAUUAAAUCUGAAACGAGAAUAUAUGAAGUACUUGGUAAAGGUUUUUGUAUUGAUGAAAAAGGUAAUAAAGAUACUGUUUGCGGUAUUUGUGGUGAAUCUUAUAAACCGUUGUCACAUUGUGCCAAUGAUGAUUGUGCUUUCGGUUAUUGUGAACCGUGCACCAAUAUCAUUGUCGGUAAGCACGGCAAUGCACCGAACGGUCCAAAGUGGGUAUGUUGGGUUUGCAAUUCCGUCAAGUUGCGUGGCAAGGAGAGAGAGCGUACCAGAUGGGUUCGUGAGAUCGUGACACCCAGCAAUCAGAAUCAACCACGUAAGCCACGUCUAUCAUUGAAACAUUCAAACUUGGCACCGACAAUGUCACAGUCGCAGUUGAUCCAACAGCAACAACUGCAACUGCAAGGCACACAAGCACCGACACUCGACGAUGGUUCACUCGCCGGUCCCGGUCGUCGUAAGAAAAAGCUAAUCUCCACACCCGACUAUGAAAUCAAUUUUAGAAAAGGUCGUAAACGUGGUUACGACGAUGAAACAUCUGCACCUACAUCACCAACCAAUAACAACAAUAAUAACAAUAAUAAUAAUAACAAUAAUAACAAUACGAUCGACGGUGCACAUCGUACGAUCGAAGAGGUCACUCAGAACUUUGAGUUGGACAUCCUGCGUGACAAACACAAAGAGGAGCGACUCGACCAGGAGCUCAUCACCAUCGACGAGCAACUCAAGUCUGUCAAUAGCGAGAUUAGCAAUCUCAAGCAACAAGAGACCGAACUCCUAGAGCAACUCGCCAAGGUACGUGGUGGUCUCACCCAACUCGAAGGUCUCAGAGAUACUUUUAACAAGAGAGUCUCUGAUAUCAAGAUCGAAGGUUUACUCGCAAACAAUGAUAUCUCAGAGAGAGAAAUGGAUUGUAGAUCUAAAAAAGCAACUCUUGAGAAUGAAAUUAAUGCACUUAAUUCAUUAUUAUCUUUGAUGGAAGGAGUAUAUUGGGGACAUGAAUUCUUCUAUAAUACCGAGAUUGGUAAAUGUGAACAAGCUAUCUGUAAAAAGAUAAUUGAUAUCAACAAAAAGAUUGAUUUGUCACGUAAUGAUAUUCCACUUGCAAUCUCACUGAAGCCGGCAAUGGUAAGAGAGUUGAGUACUCAAGAAGAUCAAAGCUCGGUGGUCACUCUUGAGAAUCAAGAGGAAAAGUUGGUAUCAUUCUUGAAUCCAUUCAAGACUCUUGCAAUCUAUCACACUGCCUGUAUGGACCAUAAUGUACCGGAUUUCCAUUUGGAGAAGCCAGACCGUAUACGUGUUGCCAUCAAUACAAUCAACGACUUUGUUGCCAAGUAUCCAUCGAUCGUCGAAGUCUACAAUACUCCACCCGAGGUAGAACUCAAAUAUGUGAUGGCUGUUCACGACGCUCAUUACAUUCGUAAGUUAGAGACACAGUUGCCACCUGAGAACAGUGAGUUGGAGACUCAUUUGGAGAGCGACAACACCGGUGCUAUGAUCACUGUCACCCAGAAGGAAGGUGGUGAAGACGAUGAUAUCUAUGAUACUUUUAUCAGUCAUCGUUCGAUGAAGGCUGCCAUGAGAGCCGCCGGUUCUGUUUGUGCUGCUGUCGAUGCAGUUACAAAGCUCGGUUACCAUCGUACGUUCUGCGCCAUCAGACCGCCAGGUCAUCAUGCCGGUCGUUUCGGUCGUACCAGCGACGCACCUUCACAAGGUUAUUGUCUCAUCAACAAUGUUGCUAUUGGUGCCAAGUAUGCGUCAUUGACAGCUGGUUACACCAGAAUUGCUGUAGUUGACUUUGACGUACAUCAUGGUAACGGAACUCAAGAGAUCUUGAGUGGCGACGAUAACUUUUUGUUUGUCUCCAUUCAUGUUUGCGAUGAGAAGCGAUACUUUUAUCCAGGUACCGGAAGAGAUGUCGGUGAAAUCCACGAGGAUGGCUCCUACGAGGGUAACGUUCUCAACAUUGGUCUCAAGAGAAACAGUGGUUCUGCGACAUUCAUCCAACAGUGGACCAAGAAGAUCAUUCCACGUCUCGAGGCAUACCGACCACAAUUGAUUUUCCUCAGUGCAGGAUUCGACGGUCACAAAGACGAUCCAACCAACGGUUUGAAGUUGAGUGAAGAGGAUUACUACACAGUGACCAAGAUGAUCAAGGCGGUUGCUGCCAAGCACAGCAGAGGUAGAAUCAUCUCUGUACUCGAAGGUGGAUAUGGUAUCGAGAAAGGAAACUCACUACAAAAGUGUCUUCAAAUGCAUUUGAAGGCUUUGGUAGAGGAUUCCAACAACGAAAUCCUAUAUUCACAAGCGAGCUCUGGUGAUUUCGGACUCAUCAAGAAGAUUUACAAUGUAGACACAAACAGUACCAUUGGCAAACCAAACAAGAAGGGUGACCUGGAGAAUGUCGCUCUUUUCAAUACCGUUGCCAAAGACUAUUUGGAUAGCAUCAAACAAACACCAUCCGCUUCAGGAACAACUUUGCCAUCUUCAUCUACGACAAGCACAACAGCCGCCGCCACUACCACUACCACAACAACAUCAGUUCCACCAUCAAACACAACACACUCCACCCAAAACCAUAAAUCAAACGCUGAACCAUCGGAUAGAGUUUUUGAAGUCGUCAAAUCCUCUCCGACCAACUCUACGAAUGUAGUAAACCCAAAACCACCCAUUUUACCAUCCAUCCACUCAACAGACACUCUAAACCAAACCAAUCAGUCCUCUCACCUCAAAAAUCAGUUGUAA